UGUGUCAAUGCGUGAGAGGAUAUGAACGAGGCAUGAGGAGACUACAGCUGUGGACCUACAGUCAGUUUGUGAUAGACUAACACUGUUUGUGAAGCCCCUGAGGAAUAAAAAGCGGCUUUCUGGUCAAUAUUUGGUGGCGAGUCUUCCUGAUUUGGUGACCACCAUGGGGAACGGAUUAUCAGACCAUCACUUCCUCUGCCUGCCGUCCUUCCAGGCGCUCCACAUCGUCAUUCUGGGUCUGGACUGUGCAGGAAAGACCACCGUGCUGUACCGCCUGCGCUUCAAUGAGUUCGUGAACACUGUCCCCACUAAAGGUUUCAACACGGAGAAGAUCAAAGUGUCGCUGGGAAGCAACAGGCGGACAGCUUCCUUCCACUUCUGGGAUGUAGGCGGUCAGGAGAAGCUGCGGCCUCUGUGGCGCUCCUACACCCGCUGCGCCGACGGCAUCGUGUUCGUGGUGGACUCUGUCGACGCCGAGCGCAUCGAGGAGGCCAAAACGGAGCUGCACAAGAUAACGCGGCUGGCGGAGAACCAGGGCGUGCCAGUGCUGGUCGUGGCGAACAAACAGGACUUGAGGAACUCCCUGAGCCUGGCGGAGAUGGAGAGCAUGUUGGCUCUGGGCGAGCUCAGCACGGCGACGCCCUGGCACCUUCAGCCGGCGUGUGCGAUCAUCGGCGAGGGUCUGCACGAGGGGCUGGAGAAGCUGCACGCCAUGAUCAUUAAGAGGAGAAAGACGUUGCGGCAACAGAAGAAGAAGAGAUGAUGUGGGAACUUUAAAAAAAAAAAAAAAAACACAAAACAUGUGAGCUGGAUCUAAAGCUACAUAAGAACUAAUCAUUGGGCUGACCUCUGGUCUCUGAUUGGCUGAGUUUGAUCCCUCCGGUGGGACUGGUGCGUUCAGGUCAGAGGAGGACGGUGGGAUUGAUUUUGCCCCGUGGACUCUGAACGUCAACAGCAACGAGUCAAUCUUUACAAAGUCCAGUGUCGUGCUGCACAGCGGCCGGCUUAUGAAGUUUACUGAACUCUUUAAACGAGCUGCGACUCGUCUGUUUUAAGUCGUUUGUAAGAAUAUGUGCUGCUUAGCUGUUCAGAAACAAUCAAUCUUUAUAUUUUUAUCCUACCAAAGCUUGUAUAGAGACGGCCGACGGGACAGUAUUAGAGCAAAGUUAUCAAAGUAUUUUAUAUUCAUGUUGCACAAGAAGAGAUUUGAAGCGUGAGUGAGUCGGGAACACGUCGACACAACAAUCCUGAAAACAAUGACUCUAAAGACUUCUCUACGCGUGGCCGGAUACUUCAGAUGUAGGCAGCCAGGAGACAUCGAGCAGAGUCGCACUAAUCAAGACAGAAGCCGAAUGACGGCGAUGUCCCACUGACAGAUUGACCAGAAUGCAUUGCAGUCACUUUGAGUGAGGGACCUUUUUGUUGCAGUAAUUAAUGCAUUACCAAACGUCGUAUUGCUGAAUCGUUACUAGAUUCAUGAACGUCACCGUCUUUGUAAGUCAUGAUUUUAUUUAUUAGUUUUAAAGCUCAAAUGAUUUCUGUUCCUACUUGUAUGAGUCGCCAAAUAGACAAUCGAACGCUGACUCAAAAAGAUAGUUUUGUUGAGGCUAACUUUGAGGAAUAAGAGUUUUCUACGGAGACGCUAAUCGAGUGGAGAGCGACCCUGAAGAAGCCACUGUGUGAAAGGCGUUGUUCCCAUGUUUUAUAUGCGUCAAACUUUAAAGUCACUCUGGACCGUCCUGGCGUGCCCUGGAUUACUCCGAUCUCAAAAGCUGUCUGCUCGUGCUCUAGCUGCACCCGGGAUGAGUAGCACGGCUGUUCGCAUUGCACCCAUCGAUUACCAAAUCUACAGCUUUAAAUCAAAGAUUAGCGAACCAGAAGAAGAGCUGUUUCAGUGCUACAGCUUCACUUCACCGCUAAAAUAUAAUCCUGGUUUUGUGCUCAGCAUCACUAGCAAACAAAUGUUACCAAAACUCUCAAAACUCUUUAGCUCAAGCUAGUUUCCUGGCCCCGACAAGGAAGCUCACAUUCCUUAGCUUGGCGUAUAGUCGAGGGUUUGUCUUGCUAAGAUGAGCUGCCUCGUGGACACUGAUUCGGCUUUCACGCUUGUUAAAAAAAAAAAAAAAAAACAUUAUUAUUGUCUGUUUGCGUAGCGAGCGAGCGCCAUGGCUGGACUGUGUGCAAUAAUCAUUUUUGUAAUCAUUGUUUCCUCACGAGCUGAAGUGAACCGGCCGGCCCUGAUAGCCAAUGAAAUUCUUAAUUUAACGCGAGGCCCCUUUUCAGACUGCCGCUUCAAGCCGGGAAAUGGACGCACCUGUGACGUUUGGCGUUCAAUCUGACAGUCGCAGAGGUGUAAUGGCGGGGUAGAAGUGAUCCUGCCCUCCGGCGGGGGAGCGCAGCGCUGUGUGUGCGUGCAUGUCUGACUGGUGUGUAUGUGAACCCUUCAACUGUGCUUCUGCAACUCCCAAACUUAAUGUGACUUAAGACAGGGACACCAAUAUUAGCACCCUGAACAGAGCGAUUCAUUAGCUCGCCUGCUAACAUUAGCAUAACUAGCUCCCCUUUGUUGACACUGAUUUGGCCACCAAGCUGCGAUGAUUUUCUCAUCUUCUUGGAUCGGCUGUGACACACGUUCCAUCAUUUCUGUAUUUUGAGUUUUAGUUCUCGUUCAGUGAUUUGUACUUGUGAACGUGACGUGUCUGCGUGUGAUGCAUUAUUAACUGUGGAGAAAAAAAAAGGUUCCACACAAGGCUAUCUGUUACUCCCAUGGGGUAAAACUGGGGAGGGAAUGGAUUCACCCAAACAGUACAGGAGCUCAUCAGAAGACUGAUGACUUUAAAGACACUUUGGAAGCUGUCUGUCGUCUCUCUGAGUGGCUUUUAAAGGUGAGAUUUUGUGGUUUUCGUUACCCACAAAGAUCCUCGGCUGCCCCUCCAAACAGACUCCCCCCUCAACGCGACGACACAUUCACAUGGACACCAGAGACGCCGUCUGAAUGCACUUUAAGAAAAAAAAACUGACUUUCAAAGGACGCAGAUAGAAAUCUGAAAGAGGUGAAAUAUUGCUUCAAAAGAAGCGUUUGACUUCUAAGAUAUGUUGAUACUGUUGUCAUUCUUCAGCUCUGUUUGCAGGGCGUUCAUAUUUAUGUGUUUGGAAUAAAGAAACUGAAGGACAGUGA